AUGUGCCCUCAGAAAUCCACUGGCACAGUAAAUGGAGGGAAACAUCCAGUUCAGAACCAUCUAAGAACAGGACAGAAAAUAAAUAUUACAGAUAAACCAACCUUCAGAAAAAAAUUGAGCAGCACCUGUACUUCUAAGUUAGCUAACAGGAUAUUUGAGGAUAUCAGCAUUUUUGAAACACAGAAACUCCAUCAUGUUGUCAGCUGGAGAGAACUGCUUCUUGAUGAGCAUCAUACUGGUGACAGCCCGGAGGAAAUUUCUCAGUUAUUUGUAAGAGCUAUCUUGGAUCAUGACAGUGAAAAAAAGGUGAUUCAAGAGAGCAGAGAUACCAUAAAUAAAAGGCCUGAAUAUUUGGAUCUGACAUUAUUACAUACAGGUGCUUCCAAUGGAUUAAGCAGUUCUGAAAUAUCUGAAAAUAUCUCGGAACAAACUGAAAAAGGGUCUACUUGUUUGUCGGACUCUUCUCGCGAGGAAAUAAGUCAUGCUCAGACAAUCAAGUAUGACCAGGAAUUCCAGGAACAAAGGGAGGCCAAAGUUUGGGGAGAUUGUGAGGUAGAAGGUCACAAAUGCAGCACCAGCAUUAAAAACUCUCAUAUCAUGUGCAAAAGAGAUUAUUCAUUUUCUACUACAGUAGAUUUGCAUGAAAGUCUUGACUCUUAUUUUUGGCCUCCUCUUAAUGAUAGUUCAGAUGAAGAGUGGACAGAUGUUGUAAAAGCAAAGAGAGAGACGUUGACCAAGACUCACAUAACUUCUCAAAACAGUGCUAGCUUUUUAAAGUCAAAUCAUAUGAUACAUACUAGUAUAUCUGUGCUGGAAGAUGGACUUCCCUCCACAAGAAGAGCUACCAGCUUUGAAAAGAUUACUCUAGCAGCGGAGAACCUAGCAGAGAUUGGAGAAAAGAAUAAGUUCAAGGAUUUCAUAUGGACCUUAAAAUUUGACAACUCCAGUGGGUUUAUUGAUGGUGCUGAAAACACCACUAAACAGGUUAGAAGUAGAAAUAUCCUUUUUGAUCCUGAGUCACAAAAAGAUGGAUUGAAUUGUCUAAGUUUCCAUUCUCAAAAGAAAUCCAGAGUUCAAAAAAAGGGAACCAAAUCUGUGCAUAUGGCAGGGAUGGAUAAAAGGUUUGAGGAAAAUAAAUGUAUAGGAAAUGAACAAACUGAUAAUCCAUUCAAAGGAGAAAAUAACACUGGAGAUGAAACAGAAUUAGAAUUAUCCCUGAAGAAAAAUCCAUCCAUACUAAUUCACAGUUUGAGUACAAGUUUUGUAUUGAAGUCUCAGGGAAAUACUGCUUGGGAAGUCAGUCCAGAUAGUUUUGACCGUCAUUAUAAAAAUCAUGGCUGUGUUGAAGGUGAUAAUGUAAUACAGAAUUCAGCCCCCAUAAAUGUUCAAGAUGAUAUCAAUGAAUAUGUGUCCAAGGGCAUUAUCGAAUCACCAAUAGGUCCUAAAAAUAGCUCAGUGGAAUUCCACAUCCCAAGAGUAAAAGUUGAUAGCAUUAAGAAGCUAUCUGGGCAUGAUAAAGUCUUAUCUAAUACUCACGAUAAUGAUAACGUAUUGGCUCAGUAUUAUUUUUACUUGAAUUAUCUCAGCCAGUCUAAAAAACCUCAACUUGAAGAGGACAACCAUUCAUUUUCUUGUGAAAAACUUCAUUACUUUUCUCAAGAAGAAACACUUCCUAUUCACUGUCUCUCUAAAAAUAGUAAUAGUAUGAAGGAUGCAGAUCCUGAACUUGUUGACCAUGAUUUUGGACCUUGUGGGAAGAAUUGCCAUACGGAUAAAAGAGCUGAGGUUAUAAAACCUCCUGAAGAACAGGAAUCAAAACCUGUUUUUACAAACAGCAGUCCCAGAUCUAUGCCUCAUCUUGCAUUGACUGACAAGGGGAAACUUGGAACUCUACACAGUUCAAAAGGGAAAGACUCCAGGCAGCAGCAUGGAACUACCUUUCAAGGCGAUGAGGAAAGGAAUGUGGUAAGCAUGUUUCAUCCUUCUAGCUGCAAUUGGAUUUUAAUAGCAUCAAUUUGAAAGAAAUAUAUGCAAAACGGUAAUGAUCU